AUGAGGGUAAUCAUUGUUAUAGGGACACAUGAAUUUGUCAUUGAAGUGGGUCUCCAAGAACCUGUUCUUGAUAUCAAAAGAAAGAUAGAACAACUCUUUGGUGUCCCUUUGGCUUCACAAACUCUCUCUGUAUCUGGAUGGGAGUUGGUGGAUGGUCUUGACAUGGAAGACUAUCCAAUUAUCACUGAAUGUACAAAAAUUGACCUCACCAUCAAAUCCAUGCUUGUUUCACCUCCAUCAAACUAUUGUAGGAGAAUCCAAAUUACUGUGAAAUUUUCAGGCAGGCAGUUUAACAUGGAGGUAGACACAUCAGAAACUGUGGGUAGCCUGAAAGAGAAGAUUCAUAUAGUUGAUGGAACACCCAUCAAAAGAAUGUCACUUUUCUGUUCUGGGAUAGAGUUAGGACAAGAGUUUCGCAAUCUAACCGAAUACGGCGUACGCGAAUUUUCCGAAAUAAUUGUGUUAUCCAAGACCAUGAAUCGUUUGAGGGAUGAGCCUUCAUCAAGACGGCUGAGUGUAGUGGUGCAAACUUCUUCUAGCUUGCUUAAUGCAGCCAGCAUUCCUUUGGAAAUGAAGGACUCAUGCACUGUAAAUGAGUUGAGGCAGUUGUUAUUGAGCGGAAAAAUACUUCCCAUUGAUGAUUAUUUGUUUAUACACAAGCAGAGGAUCAUGCAUGACAAUUGCAGCCUCAAAUGGCAUGGUGUUGAAGAUGGAGACCCUCUCUAUGUGUUUAAAGGGACUAUUAGUCGCAGUCGAAAUUGA